GGCACGCCCACGACACGAAGAGCCUACGCCCUUACGAAGCGGCGUAAUAUCGGACACCUAAAGCGUCGUUCGCGACACUAGCACGCCGAUAGAUCGGUACUACUCGGGAGACGUUACCGCGGCGCACACCUUUCGUCCGAGAUCGCCGUCGAGAGUGCCAGGAAGCCAUCUUCCGUGCAACCGCGUGGUUUCUGCCAACUUCUUUGCGCCCGUCUAAAUCAUGGAGGACAACGUGAAGCACAUCCUCGAGCAAGCCGACGUUACCGGCGGUCUCCACUACAAGAAUCCGCCGGUUCCAUAUGCCUGUCCUCUACCCGUCAGCCCUACCGUUGGGUCCCAAAUCUACAUACAAGGACUGGUACCUGAGGUAUCCGUACGGUUUUCCGUUAACCUUCAGAGAGGAACUGGGGAGGCAGAUCCCAUACAGCUCCAUAUUAACCCGCGCUUUGAACCGGAGGGACCGGUUGUUGUCCGCAACAGCCGCGAGGGCAAAUCGUGGGGUCGUGAGGAACGUGAGGGCACAUCGCCUUUCGCCAAAGGACGACCCUUUCUACUCGUCAUCACUGCCUCCACCCCGGGCUAUGAACUGGCGGUUAAUGGGCUUCCUUUCGCGACGUUCGAUUAUCGACAAGGACUGGCUCUUGCCGAUAUCACUCACCUCUGCAUACACGGGGACGUCAUCCUCCGUUCUGUGCACAUACCUGUUCCGGAGAUGCCAAAGUGCGUACGCUGCCCUCUACCAGAACCGGCUAAGAUUGGAGACGUUUUCACACUUAGAGGGCAGAUAUCGCCGUGGGCCGAGAAAUUUGUACUGAACCUGGCCACUGGCCCGGGCACGGAGGACGACCUGGCGCUGCACCUGAACCCGCGCUUCGCCGAGGGCGCCCUGAUCCGCAACUGCCGUCGGGGCGGCAAGUGGGGCGACGAGGAGCGAGAGGGCGACUUCCCGCUCGUGCCGGGAAGCGCGUUCGAGCUGCGCGUGGACGCCCUCGAGGACGCGUUCCGCGUCACCGUGGACGGCAACACGCUGUGCGACUUCGGACACCGCAUGCCGCUCAAGAAAGUCAAGUACCUGGUCGCCGAGGGAGACCUGGUCGUCGACGACGUGCGCGUAGAGUCGGACGAUGUCGAGAAGCUGCGAGAACUGGCGGACAACUGGUCGUUGUACAUGCCCCCGGAACCACCCCAGCAAGUCCUGCAAGUGGGUGACGUGGUGCCGGAGCUAAUGUCAGAGGCCCAGACUUACUACGAGCCAAAACUGCAACUGGACUCACCGGCGAAGCCGCUGUGCCAGCGGCUGCCUGAGGUGAUGGCUCCGGGCCGCCUGGUCAUCGUCUCCGGCGUGGUGGAACCGAAACCUUACAGGUUCCACGUGAACCUGCAGACCGACGUGGGCGACACGGCGGACAUGGGACUGCACCUGAACCCGCGCUUCGACACCUCACCGCGAGGCGUGGUGCUUAACUCCCGGGACCGGGACCAGUGGCAGCAGGAGGUGCAGGUCGCCGGUAACAAGUUCCCAUUCACCGAAGGGUCGCCAUUCGAGAUUCAGAUUCACUGUCAAGAGGACAAGUUCCGGGUGCUGGUUAACGGCACCUACCUGGCCGACUUCCCGCACCGCAUCGACUGUUCGCGCAUCGACUACGUCUGCGUCGACGGCUCGAUCAUCCUCGACCGCGUCGUCUUUGCCUAAACACAGAGCUUACACGCAAGGGAUACGCGCGAAUAUUCGUAACGACAACACGACGUGACUCAAGAUUAUUUCUGUUAGAAACGCCACCGGGUUCGAUAUACGUCUUUGAGGACUCGCUGUACACCGCUGCAUUGCGCAAUGGAGCGAAGCCAGACUACCAGACUUAAACGAGCGAACCGCCUCGUUUCGAUGACCGGCCUGAAAUGCAGGUCUUCGUCAAAAAGCAUGCGGGCUACGUUACUUGUGAAUGCCGGGCUGACUACAUAAUGUUUUAGGAAAGUUCUUGCGCCUGGCAGGCAGUAAGCUCUAAUACCGUAGGGAGCCAACACUCUCGUUCACACAAUCCAAACGUAUUGUGAGGAGUGUCGGGGAACCGCCCCACACGGCCUAACAACGUAUGUGGCGAAGGCGGGCAUUUGCCGGUAUAUCUUGCGGAAGGUUGUAAAAGUUGUCUGCAUAUGACACGGUGAAUAGCCCUUACAGAAGUUUGAGCAGUACAUGACACGUUAAUUGACUUUAAAAGGAGAUAUUCUGGCAGACCCGGGUCUUUAUUGACAUGGAGGAGCUAGAGUAAGGGCAAAGUACGUAAGCAUUUAGGCACAGGUCGCUAUAUGCACCAGACCAAAUGGCCCGGAACCGGCCUUAGUUGGCCCGCAUACUUUUGUCGACGAAUGGACAUGGGCUGCAUGCAUUUUCGCGGUAGUCGCGAACCGAAGAACAGUUGUGCCUUACACACAUUGUGAUUGUUUUGUCACUUCUUUAAAUCGUAGCCAGACGCAGUGUGUACGGCGAUGUUAACGGUUGUUAAGUGCUGGAAAUUGCUGAAGGGACACAUUAACGGCGUGUUCGGAACGAAUAUUCGCGCAAUCUUAGCCGUAACUUAAAGAGUCCGAGUUGCUAGCUUUAGUUUUGGUAUUGUGUGUUGAUACGUUUUAGUACACUUAUAAAAGAAAAAAAAAGCACACAGAUACCGAUAAAUCCACCUGAAGUGCUACACUGUCACGCACGGUAUAACUCGGCAGUGCAUCAAAGCGUUCCGCGCCAUUGUUUUUUCCCGUACUGACGCCAAUGUCUGCAUGUUACUGCCAUUCAAGUUACGCCCCAAACAAGUACGGAGGUGAGCAAGACGGCGUCAACUCUGCAUUAUAAUAUUGUUAUUAUUCACAGAUGAGACGUUAAGCGUUUUGUAUAUCUUCAAAACUUUGAUCCUUGUAGACAUACGAGAGCUUGUGUGGCUAUUAAAUAAGCGGUUUUUUUACUGCAUGCUGCACUGUUUAAUUGGCUUGCGGUAUGGGUAGUUAUAGUGACAUAGCUAGCGGUAGCUGAAGUGUGAGAAAGCUAUUGUAUAACAUGGCGUUUUACAAAUGUUUUGUCAAAGCUGCAUUUCUUUUGUACCGCACAUAUGUAUACUUGCAACGCGAUGAUGGUUAAGUAACCUAUACUUCAUGUUUUUCAUUGUCUAUACACUACAAGGACGCGUUUCAGGUGCAGCUUUCAGGUCGAACUUCACUAACAGUGAUCGCGUUACUUUACGAGUUAUUGUACACACGAAAUAAACGCGCAAGUGCCUUGUGUGUUGAGAUUAACGUAAUCCAGCGUCGGCUUAUGUGCAUGUAAAGAAAAAAAAGUGCAAUAAAAUUAUUUUUCGCUCGUUUCAGA